AUGCGGGCGCAUAUUUAUUUCAUCCUCUGCAGCAUUUGCGGAGUUUUGGGCAAGGCUUGGAGUGUGCCAGGAGUAGCAUUUAGUCUGAAUCCUGACUACGGUACCGCGGUCAUUUACUACGCGAACGGUUCUUUUGUGGAAAUUGGUCCAUUUGAAGGCACCCAAGAGUACAAAACCUUCCUGCGCAGCAGUAAACCGUCUUACACCGUACCUGAAUUGGCAGCCUGUCGUUUCGUUCCCCCAAGCCUACAGGGAAUUUUCAACAUCUGCACUCCGUCAGCAGCUGUAGCCAGCGCCGAGACCCUGUUACGCAGUCUUCAAUCCUCGGUUACUUCACACCUGGGUACAUCAUUCUGCUAUGCCGAGCUGGUCCUGCACAAUCCGUCGCAGGAAGACGGCUAUCAGCGAGAUAUCUUGCAGGAAGCACUCAAACGUAUUGGCCGUCGUCAAGCAGUGAGAGGCGUCCCAGUCCUACCAGCCUCCAGUCUCGCCGUCCACGCCAAUUUACGAUUCCCUACUGCCAGGACGCUGAUGCCUCAAGCGGCGCUCUCCAUAGAAUACAGCCGUUGGGGGAUGAAUGUCGCGCUUUUUUGCGUGGAUCGAUUGGUGCUUGAGGAGCAGCGUCACGAAAUCGUCAUAUUCCCCGUAGAAUCGCAAACAGCCGGCGCACAAGAUGGCUCAAGAGAUAAUGGCGCGAGGUUGGAGGAGGCAGGCGAGGCUCUGCGCCGUAUCUCCAAACCGCCUCUCGGAUCCUGCUCUGUGAUCGGUGAUAUGCCGGAUAAGAUUCAAGUCCUCAUCCUGCACGGCGAUUCGGUCCGAGAUUCUGGCUUCAUGGACUUGCUGAAAGGUUUGUUUGGGAGGAAAUUGGUCGCAGAGGCGUAUGAUUUCGAUCCUCUGUUUGCGUCUGCUGUUGGGGGAGCUGUUGCUUCUCACGAUAACAUGGAUCAGGCCUACUUCAAUGAGCCCGCAGCGUUUGGGUGUCGUUGGCCGUCCAAGUUAUAUCGUGAACAGAACCAAGAGCUAUAG